CACAGCUUCCGUUAUCAUCAUCAGCUCGCUUUCUCUAUCCACGUCACAUACAGCCACCGAACCUGCACUAGGGCUUUGACUACAUCGGAUAUAAUGGCUGCACCCAAGAUCAUCGUCCUGGGCAGCCUCAAUGGCCAGCUCGAAUCGGUGUUCAAGAAGCUGGCAACGCUUCAUGCCAAGAACCAAUUCUCACUCGCUAUUCUUACAGGAGAUGCAUUUACUCCUGAUAUCGACGACGCAACGAUUUCGGCUCUAUUAAACGGAUCCAUCGAGGUUCCUCUCCCCACUUACUUCACCGUCGGCACUCACCCUCUGCCAUCCCGAAUCGCUGCCAAAGUGGAGGCGGACGAAGAGAUAUGCCCCAACCUUCACUACUUGGGAAAGCGCAGCAUAACAAAGACUUCCGAUGGUAUUAGAAUCGUAACGCUCGGCGGUGUCCUUGACCCGAACCUUGUGGCAGGGCAAUCACAAGAGCAGCAUUUGCCUUUCCACACAGCCGGUGAUGCAAAGGCCUUGCGCGGCGCCAACAGCACCGACAUUUUGUUGACAAGCAUGUGGCCUGCAAAGGUGUGGACUGGGUCCAAAGUGGUGCUCGAGCCUUCUGAUCAAGCUGCUGUGAGCAGCUCAGAGGAUAUUGCAGAGCUUUGCGCUGCUUUAAAGCCUCGAUACCAUUUGUCGGCAUCUCCAGGAGCAUUUUUUUACGAAAGAGAGCCUUUUGUUCAGCAGUCCGAAAAAGAUGCCAAUAUUAUUUCUACUACACGAUUCAUCUCAAUGGCUACAUAUGGCAAUGACAAGAAGGCGAAAGCCAUGUAUGCCUUUACUCUCAACACGGCCGAUACUACGGUACCUCCUGGCGCCACGGCGUCACCAUUCACAUCCAAAACCGUCAACAAGCGUGGAAGACAAGAUGAGGGCUACAGCCGGUUCGGCCAUCGCGAAGAUGGCCACCACGGCAGACAUAAGCGGCGCCGUGCCUCGCCGCCACCAGGGCCAGACAGGUGCUAUUUCUGCUUAUCAAAUCCCAACAUUUCAGCCCACAUGUGCUGCAGUAUCGGAGACGAAGCCUAUAUCACAACCGCAAAGGGUCCUCUACCAACAUCCACGACGUUUGCGGGGCAGGGUCUGAACUUCCCUGGCCACUUCAUUAUCAUUCCGUUACCACAUUCCCCGACUAUUUCGAGCAUGGGAAGCACAGCGGAUCCUACAAGCGAGGCUGUGAAGACAUAUAACGAAAUGUCACGGUUCAAGGAAUCCAUACAAGCCAUGAUUGCUUCCAAAAGCUCACAUAAGCUCGGCGUUGUCACUUGGGAGAUUAGCCGUGAUCGUAACGUCCACCUGAUAUGGCAGCUUGUUGCUGUACCCGCCGACAUCAUCCAGAAGGGCCUUGCCGAAGCAGCCUUCCGCGUUGAGGCCGAAAAUUUGAAAUACCCAUCUUUCAUGAACAAAGACAUUGCCGUUGAGGACUUGGCUUCCUCUGGCGAUUUCUUCCGCGUCUGGCUGUGGGCGGAUAACGGAGAGGAUAAGAUUAAGGGCAAAUCCCUCGUUAUGCCGCUUGCCUCCGACGCGCGUUUUGACCUACAGUUUGGACGUAGAGUCCUUGCCAAGCUUAUGGGCUUGGAGGACAGACUCAGCUGGCAGAACUGCGAGCAGACCGUGGAGGAAGAGACCAAGGAUGUGGAAGCUUUCCGAGAGGCGUUUAAAGAAUGGGAUUUUACGCUAUAAUUACGACAGAGAAGAAGAAGAUUUGGGUGCUUUUUGCUUUUGCAUAAUUUCGGCGUUUUAGAUAAUCAAGGCCAUGAGCAUUUAUCGUUGCUUACCGUUCGUCAUUUGCUUGGGAGAAAAAGGUUUAUUGAAAAGUUAUAAGAAAGCAAAUAUUAACUGG